CCAGUCGCGACGCUCACUUACACAGCAUGACCCAACCAUGACGAUGACAGAAUCAGGUGGAGCCUUUCUGGACCUUCUUCCAGCUGGUUGAGAUUGGGCCUGGCGGCAUGCUGACAGGCUAAGGUUUUGCGACCUAGGGACUGCCGUCUCGCCGAGGACGCCCCGGUUCCCAACCGUGUUUUUCGUCAUACCGAGUCACACCCACCAAUCUGGCAUGCCACAAGCUGUUGCUCCGCAGAGUGCUCCGCCAAGGAUGUUUCGAAUCGAGCCUUCAUCUUGCACAACUUGGCACGCCUGGCACGCCUGGCACACCUAGCCCUCCGAUUCAUGUCAGCUCUCGACGCGCCUACAGCCCUCUCAAGUCCCACUUCCAGCUCGAUUUCGAGCUUCAGCUUCAGCCCGGCUGCCCUGUUACGAUGCUGUCAAUAAGCCGCGACAUCCGUGAGAGGAUCAUGGUCCGCUUUGCUGAGGCGGCCUCGCUCGACCAUCACCAACAAUCCUGCCCAUCCACGGUAGUCAGCGAAGUGCAUACCACCACCGCAUUUACUCUCGCCCAUUGCGACGGCACUGCAGCUGCAACUCGUUGAAAACGGCAGGCCCACGUCAGUGAUGAUACCCUCAGUCGCAGUCGGUGCACCUUCUGCUGUGGGGGGGCACAGAUACGGCCCGGCAAUCUGUCGUGGGUAGGGGCUAGGAUAUCAACAAAUAUUCUGGUGGAGCCGCAUCGUGCUCGCCAUAGCCAAAUGGAAUUCGCAACCAUUCACCAUGCCCAGAGAAUGCACGUUGGCAGUGCCGGAGUGGCAGAGCGGUCUUGACGGGCCAUCCGAUCCUUGAUCUCCCAUGUCCCUGCAAGUGGCGCCUGAUACCCACGUCGCAAUCAAGAUCGUGGUCGUAUCUUCGGGAGUAUUCAGAGGCCGCCCCCACCCGCGCUGUCACGCAUUAUAGCUCCCGGCUCUGUGCCGUUGUGGCGACGGCCCUAGCCUGAGGACCGUCAGGUACCCGACAAGCCACCAAGCCACCAAGCUACAAGCCCGCCGAUUCCACCUCUAGAAAUCCCGCUCUGGCUGUCCGACCGAACGCCCGUUGCAUCUAGAACACGGUACUUCCCCGGCAGUUCCAUCUCCUAAUGCACGGUGACAUCGAAGCCACUGGCCACCACUGUGGGCGCCGCUUGAACCUCGCUUGCCUCUCGCUUGCCUAGACUGCUAGAUCUGCGUUGCCGUGCUCAGUGUAGCAUUUUUGUCGAUGAGGGAGGGGGUGACAACCAACAAAUAGGCUGCCAGGGCUGCGUCGGCCACCACUUUGGGUUACAUCCAACAUCUCAAGGGCUGCAACCGCGCGUUGCAUCAUCGCGACAACUCUCGGUUUGCCUCUGGCCAGCGCAGCGCAGGUGUGAGAGGUUUGAGCGACCAUACGUCAAUGCAGGAACGCAGUCGGAACUUCUUCACCAUUCCCUUUUAGGAACUAUGGAGCACAUGUAUGCACGAAAGCGGUCCCGGUGGAACCCCUGCCUGCUUUUGCCCCAGAGAGGUACCGACAGGCCUCACAGGCUGGCAGGAAGGCCUUCAUGUACUUGUGAUUGACAGGCACGGCGCACCUUCAGAUCUUGUACAAUGCGUCGCAAUCUGCUGCCAACGGUUCCACAACGCUCCCACCCUUGGCUGCAGGAUCUUCUAGGCUAGACAGACUCUUGCCAGAUAGCGCGCGGCCACAGCAUCGCCAUAGGGCAGAGCCGGGAGCCUCCCUCGCCGAUAUCAAAUCGUUGAGUGCGACCACACUUCGAAAUCUGGCCGGAGGUCGUCCCGUAUGGCCCAAGCUCCCGCACGGGAUGAGAUGUGUGAUUUCAGCGAAAGAGCCGCUGCUUUUCCUUGUCUGAGAGUCAUUCUCAGUGGAAACUCACUAUUCGACGCCCUCCAAGGCCCGUCCGGUAGCAUCGGCUCAUGUAGGGAGGAGGACAAUGUCAUUGAUAGUGAUCGGCAGAAAAGGAGAAAGAUUCAAAUAGACCCCAUGUGUGCGCCAUGGCGACCAGCCUGCCCCACGGGGUCCUCUUCUUCCCUAUCCCACCCUUCCUUUCUUCGAUGAGCACCAAUCUUCGUCCUGUGGCACUCUUCCUCUUCCACAAUGGCGUCGACAAUGCUCCCUUCUGUUCUGUCAUGUUUCAUUUUCGCUCUGUGGCUCGUCGGGACGGUCGCAUUUCCCUUCGAAGCCUCGCUGGCCGACUGGAACCUGAACCAGAACCCAGAGGCAACCCAUCCCCUUGAAUACUGGGGAGAAUGGGAGGGCCAUACCUAUACUCCGUCGCCAGACAACUGGCGCAUGCCGACCUACACGCUUGCCUUGGAUCGAUUCGCAAACGGUGAUCCAUCCAACGAUGACGCCAACGGAACUCAAUUCGAGCAUAACUGGAUGGCCAACCAGCUCCGGUUCGGUGGAGACCUCAGAGGCGUGAUCGAUAACCUAGACUACCUCCAUGGCAUGGGCAUCAAGACUGUCUAUCUCAUGGGGAGUCCUUUCAUCAACCUGCCUUGGACAGCCGACAGUUACAGCCCGUUGGACCUCACCUUACUUGACCAACAUCAUGGCCGGAUCCAGGACUGGAGAGAUCUCAUUGAUGCCAUCCAUGAGCGAGGCAUGUAUGUCAUGCUCGACAAUACCAUGGGAACACUGGGCGAUCUUGUGGGGUUCAAGGGCAGCUUGAAUCAAACUGCUGCUUUCCAGUGGGGCGAGUAUGAGUACGUGUGGAAGCACGACCGACGCUAUGUUGACUUUGCGCCCGGAAACGAGAUUGUCGACUGCACCUACCCGCGCAUGUGGGACGAUGACGGUUGGCAAAUCACCAUCAAUCAGACCACUUGCCGUGAUAGCGAGUUCGACCAGUAUGGCGAUUCUGCCAACACUGGCCACGUCAUCGUGUACGAGAACCAGCUGGCAAAGUAUGGUUCGGUGCAAGACAGGCUUCGCGACUGGCGCAGCGAUGUUCUUGAGAAGAUCAAGCACCUGUCAUGCAUGCAGAUCGCCAUGCUCGAUAUUGACGGGUUCCGAAUGGACAAGGCACUCCAAACGACCGUAGACUCGCUGGCUGAAUUUUCUGACUAUCAGCGUCAGUGUGCGAAGCGAUACGGCAAGGAGAACUUCUACAUUAUUGGCGAGGUCGUGGGAACAGCUGCCCAAUCUUCAGUGUACACAGGCCGUGGCAAGCAACCCAACCAUUACACCAACAAUGCCACCGCCGCUGCUUUGUCAACAAACUCAACAGAUCCUGACAACUUUAUUCGCGACCCUGGGAUGUCUGCUUUGGACGGCACCGCAUUCAGCUACAUCGUCUACGGUGGCAUGACCAGAUUCCUUGGACUUGAUGGCUACACUGGUUUGGACGGGACAGACUUCGUGGAGUUCUGGAACCAGAUGCUCGUACAGAACGACUUCGUGAACGCCAACACGGGCAAGUUUGACCCGCGAGCAGUUCUCGGAAUGACCAGCCAAGACGUUUUCCGCUGGCCAGCAAUCAAAAACGGUACUCAAAGACAGCUGCUCGGACAGUUCAUCACCACCCUGGAGGUCCCUGGUACACCAGCCCUUUACUGGGGCGAAGAACAAAGCCUUUACCUUCUUGACAGCACCUCAUCUAAUUUCCUCUACGGGCGCCAGCCGAUGAGCAGCAGUCCGGGCUGGCAGCUUCACGGCUGUUAUCAUCUGGGCGAUGUGACCUACGACGAAAGCUUCCCGGAUGGCCCAGCGAGGACUGGCUGCCACGACGACGCCGUCAGUCUUGACCACAAAGAUCCAUCGCACCCCACAAGGAACGUCAUCAAGAGGAUGUUUGAGAUGAGACAGCAGUACCCUGUGCUCAACGAUGGGUACAUGCUCAAGACCUUGUCGAAUCAAACCAGUGAUGUCUACCUCCCAGCAAGCGCAAACAUUCCCAGCACCUUUGGUAUCUGGAGCGUCUGGCGCCACCAGUUGGAGGGUGCCCAGAACUUGGACACUGCCGACGUUGACGGAAAUCACGGAGUCUGGCUGGUUUACUCCAACCUGAACAGGACUGAAGAUUUCACAUUCGAUUGUCAAGACGAGGCGAGUGCGCUGGUCUCUCCUUUCGCGGUUGGGACCACGGUCAAGAAUCUCUUCUAUCCUUACGACGAGCAUGUGCUGGGAAAUUCAUCAGCCACUGUGGAUGGCCUUUCAGGCCCGCGGGGAUGUCUUUCCAACCUCACCAUGGAGUCCUGGGGUUACAGAGCUUACGUGCCCCAGGCAAGCUUCAUCAACCCGGCUCCGACAAUCACGCGCGUUGUUCCUUCACACGAUGAAAGGCUUACGGCAUCUGUCGAGGUCGGCGAGAAGCAGAGUGUUCCGAUUGAGAUCCACUUCUCCCAAGUUAUGGAUUGCGACUCUGUUGCUAGCGCUCUUUCGGUCAAUUCCACGUCGUCGGAUGGGACCGUAGCCCGGAUCAGCAGAGACACUAUUUUGUGCACUAGCCUUGACGCGGCUGAAGGCACGCUAUAUGUGGGUCAGCCUGCCGGUCUCUGGAAGAUCACUGCUGAUCUUGAGGAUGUGUCGCAUGGGAUCCACUCCCUCACGAUCACCAACGCCUCCACCGCCGAGGGGAUCUACACUAAUGUGAUCGAUCGUUUCAUGUUCCGGAUCGGCACCAGCGACAAUCCCGUCGUCUUUCCCCAGACAGGGAACUACUCCAACAGCCUUCUGCACCGCGACGAGUCCACCAACCAGCUCUAUGUCUCACAGCAUGCCGCCGGUGCAGACAAAUUCCGAUACUCGACCACUUGGGGGUCAAGCUGGAGCAAAUGGCUCGACUACACUAGUGAUAAUGUCACCCUCGAUGGUCAAGCUUGGUCGGGGACUUCGAAGCAAGCUUGGGAUGGCGAGCACGUGAUGAUCCAAUACUGGAGCAGCUUGGCUGGCAGCAGUGAUCACGUGCAGCACGGCGACCUGGUACAGGGCGACUCAGCCUCGCAUAAGCCACGUCGAUGGCCACAUGCUUUCAUCCUCGGGUCAUGGAACGAGUGGGGAUAUGAUGAUGGCCUCGCCAACAGCAUGCGCCUAACCCAUCCCACCACCGAUGACGGAAACUCUACUGGUAGCAACUGGUCCUUCGACCUCGAGGCUGAGUGGCCAACUCAUUUUCAAGUCAACGUUUGGGGCGUGAACCCGAACGGGUUGCCAGACAAGACUGCGCAGUUCGGCGAUGUCGAUGGCGAUAAUGUCCUUGACUGGCUAAAGCCUGAUACCCUGGCAGACAAUGUCAUCAACAUCACCAAAGGCCCUGGGAUGCCGUAUGUUGGCUGGCGUCUUCUGGUCAACGAUGGAAACUGGAAUUACCGGCUAGUGCCCACUGGGUCUGGGUGGUAUCAGUUUGUGCUCUCCCUUCUGCUGGGAGUAGUACCACUCCUAUGCGCCUGCCUUGCCCUGUGGACUUUCAAGCGAUCGUACUAUCAGGUCAAGCUCAAUCAGACAGGUGUCAACACGAGCGAUGGCUUCUGGAAGGAAACGGCAUCCAAGUUGAAGCGGCCCGAACGUCUUCGAGAGAUGACCCAGAAGGGGAAAUCAACAGCGCUUGAAUCAUCAGGUGCUGCGACAACAGCCUUGGCUGAAGCCUCUCAGGCCCCUCGCCGUACUACUCUCAUCGCCACCAUGGAGUACGAAAUUGAGGACUGGAACAUCAAAAUCAAGAUCGGUGGUCUUGGAAAGAUGGCUUCCCUAAUGGGCAGUUCUGCUCUUGCCCAUCAAAACCUUGUCUGGGUAGUCCCAUGCGUUGGAGGCAUCGAGUAUCCCGUCGACACUGUCGCCGAGCCCAUGGUGGUCACAAUCAACAAAGCCCGGUACAUCAUCAACGUCCAAUACCACCAGGUCCGCAACAUCACAUUUGUCCUGCUAGACGCACCUGUUUUCAGAGCCCAGACCAAGGCCGAUCCUUACCCUGCUCGCAUGGAUGACAUCGAGUCUGCUAUUUACUACAGCGCUUGGAACGCGUGUAUCGCGGAGACUCUGCGUCGCUUCCCCAUCGACCUGUACCACAUCAACGACUAUCACGGCACACUUGCACCGCUCUAUCUACUCCCCAAGACGGUGCCGGUUUCUCUGUCACUCCAUAAUGCGGAGUUUCAGGGGAUGUGGUCUCUUCGCACGAAAGGGGAGAUGGAUGAGAUCACAGAGGUCUUCAACUUGCCCAAAGAGACAGUCAAGACAUACAUCCAGUUCGACAAGGUUUUCAAUAUGCUCUACGCGGCGGCCAGUUAUAUCCGCCAGUUCCAGGGCGGAUUCGGCGCCGUUGGUGUCUCCAAGAAGUACGGUGCCAGGGCCUACAAGCGGUAUCCCAUCUUCUGGGGACUGCACGAAAUCGGCUCUUUACCAAACCCAGAUCCCGAUGACAUGGCUGCCUGGCACGCUGGCAUGGCCAAGGAAAUUGGGAACAUGGAUGUCGCCGUCGAUGAGGAAGCGGAGGAGAAGCGGGGCGAGUUGAGGGUGCAGGCCCAGAGAUGGGCUGGCUUGGAGGAGAACCCAAACGCCCAGCUCUUCGUCUUCGUCGGCCGUUGGUCCCUGCAAAAGGGGAUUGAUCUUAUCGCGGACGUCUUCCCUGCCAUCUUGGAUAAACACAAGGAUGUGCAGCUCAUCUGCCUCGGUCCCACGAUCGACAACCACGGCAAAUUCGCCGCGCUCAAACUCCAAAAGACUAUGGAGCGAUACCCAGGUCGGGUUUACUCCAAGCCUGAGUUCGUUUCGAUUCCUCCUUAUGUCUUCAGCGGAGCCGAAUUUGCCCUCAUGCCCUCACGAGACGAGCCAUUCGGGCUUGUCGCCGUUGAGUUCGGCAGAAAGGGUGCGCUUUGUGUGGGGUCUCGAGUUGGCGGCCUGGGCCAGAUGCCCGGGUGGUGGUUCACCAUUGAGUCGACUGAGACCAAGCACUUGUUGCGACAGUUCAAGUCUACCAUCAAAUCUGCCCUUGCUUCUUCCGAGGAGACGAGGCGAUUGAUGCGGGCGAGGUCGCUGGUUCAACGUUUCCCGGUGAUGCAGUGGGUGCAAGAUCUUGAUACUCUGCAAACCCGGUCUAUCGAAGCCCAUGACAAUAUUGGACGAGGCUCGGCCUUCAACCUUCUCAUUCCCGGAACGCGGUCGUCUUCGGUCACCUCACUCGCGUUGCAUCCCCCGCAACCUGCCCCAACACUGCCCAACUCGCCCACUAUCAGCACCCCACAGACCGCGGCUUCAACAGCUUUUCCAAGCAGGGCCGGCAGCCGAGCACCGAGUCCCACUCGCGGCUUCAGCAGCUCUGCGAGGCGAACACUCACUCAUACUCCAUCGAUGCUCUCUAUUUCAACAGCAUCUGAGCCCAAUUCGGGGGCGGUGACUCCUAGAACACCCACUGCUACUUUUGCCCCUCGGAACAAGUCAUUCUCCGCCUUGGGCAAGCUCUUGUCCAAGAGGCUGGACGCGCUGGCAGAGCUUGACAGGACGCAGUCACAGAUGGAGGCCAAUGAGUUCCCCGAAGAGGGGCAGGGCUCAAACAGGUCAUCGUCGGGCAAUGAGCAUGACGAGUCACUGACCCACAGCCUGCCAACUGCCAACCAAUUCGUCCUGACACUCGACACUGUCGUCGGCGGACGGAAUGAUUUCAAGCUGCAGAACGUGGAGCCUUUCUUUAACGACCCCAAGGGUGAAUACUACAGCUCUUUCUCAAAGCUCAUCGAUUCGCACAAGGGCAACUUGUCCUCGGACAAGCUCUGCGUGGAGGACUACAUCCGCUCCUCUGAGAAAAACUGGUUCGCCCGCUUCCACGACGCCAAGCUGGGCAAGAUGCCGAAGCCUGUUGUCAGCGUAUCCUCGAGGUCAACCUCGGCCGCCAGCAGCCGUGACGACGCGAGUCUCCCGAUUAAUGAGUUCAACCUGAGCCCCGACUACAAGCCACCAACCGGUCUGAGGAAGCUCAUGCUAGCCAAGAUUGGAGACUGGCCUCUCUAUGCGUUCCUUUUGGCCCUCGGACAGAUCAUCGCCGCCAACUCCUACCAAAUCACCCUGCUCACUGGGCAGAAUGGACAGAGUGCCCAGCAGGUGUAUAUUACCUCGGGCAUAUACCUUGGCGGCUCAAUCUUCUGGUGGAUCCUGUUCCGCAACCUGAAGCUCUACAUCUCAUUGUCACUGGCAUUUGUCUUCUACGGUGCGGCAUUCCUCGUUCUAGGUCUGAUCCCUUUCGCGACCUUGCCGCUCAACAUUGUGGCCUUGCAGUACACUGCAACCGGUCUCUACGCUGUCGGCUCGGCAAGCGGAUUCCUCUUCUUCACGCAGAACUUCCUCACCGAGGGCGGUAAUCCAGUCCGGUCGUGGAUGUUCCGAGCCUGCACCAUCCAGGGCACGCAGCAGAUCUACAUCGCGGCGCUGUGGUACUGGGGCUCGUACGCCACCAAGCUGCGCAACAGCGGCUACACGCUUAUCUCGUCGUCCUCUCGCACCGUGACGUACGUGACGCUGCCCAUCGCGGUCCUGCUCUGGGUCGUGGCCGCCGUGCUCUUCGCGGGCCUGCCCGAGGCGUACCGCAGCAGGCCGGGCUACGUCUCCGCCUUCUACCGCUCCGUCCUGCGCCGCAGGAUCGUGGUCUGGUUCCUGGUCGUCGCCGCCAUCCAGAACUACUUCCUCUCGGCCCCCUACGGCCGCAGCUGGAGCUACCUCUGGUCCAGCGCCGUCGCGCCCGCGUGGGCCAUCGUCGUCCUGGCGGUCUUUUUCUUCGUCGUCGUCUGGGCCGCCGUCCUCGGCGCCAUGGCCUACCUGUCCAACGAGCACUCCUGGGCGCUCCCGCUCUUCGCCAUCGGCCUCGGCGCCCCGCGCUGGGCCCAGCUCCUGUGGGGCACCAGCGGCAUCGGGCUCUACCUCCCGUGGGUGGGGAGCGACCUGGCCGGCGCGCUGCUCGGCCGCAGCCUGUGGCUCUGGCUCGGCGUGCUGGAUGCCCUCCAGGGCGUGGGCUUCGGCAUGAUCCUGCUGCAGACGCUCGGCCGGUUCCACGUCAGCUGGACCGUGUUUGGCGCACAGGUGAUCGGGUCGAUUGGGACCAUUGCUGCGCGGGCCAGUGCGCCCGAUAAGAUCGGCCCCGGCCCCGUCUUCCCCAACCUGGCGAUGAAUCUGUGGGAGGGCCUGAAUAAUGUGUGGUUCUGGGUCCCGUUGUUGCUGCAGAUCCUCGUCUGCGUCGGCUUCUUCAUUUUCUUCAGGAAGGAGCAGCUAUUCAAGCCCUGAGGGACCUGCAGCCUUAUGAGUUAUGAGGAUACAUACUGCAAGUGUCUUUGGUCUCUUACUCUCUUUUCGGCUAUAUACUUCGAUACCACUUUUGCGGGAAAUAUUUAUAGACAUAGACUUAUAUGGUCCGGUAUCUAGGCUGGCUAAUGUCGAUAUGUAAUGACCAUAAUGAAAUAUACAUAACCUCAUCCA